GAAGAGUUCGGGCCAGAUGAUGGAACGGUCACAUGACCCACUGAACCAGGACUGCAUUGUCACUGAAUACUACGCUUAUUGAUCACGUGUAUUUUUAUACCUUGGAGUUGUAAAUGUUUGUUAAAUAUGCAUGUCAGCAAAUAAGAUCACGGUAUGUUGCUGUCUAUUAUAGAUAAAUGUUUUGUUGAAAGUGCAAGGAUAUUUGUCGUUGAAAAAUUUAGGGUUUGUGUUUUAUGGUUAGCUUAGGAAGUCAAUGCUAUGAUUUUAAAUAAAAAGCUGACCCUUUUGAUAUUUUAAAAUAAAAAAAAAAGGAAAAGGUCUAGUCAGCACAACUGUUUUCAAUAUUCAUAUGUUUUCAGUAUUGAUUAUAAUCAGAAUAAUCUUUCUUCAGGCACCAAAUCAGCAUAUUAGAAUGUAUUGUGAAAAAUCUGAUUUGCAAUUAUAUAAAGCAUUUGCGUUAUAAAAAUAAAUGGUUUGAAGAUAUACUAUUUUUAAAUUACUUUUUUUAACAAGCACAAAUCUUACCUAUUAGCCCAGCACAAAAAACCUCCUUAAUGUUGAAUUUAGUGUGACGAUGCAUGUAGUAUUUGGAUACCUUUCUUUCAUCCAGCUCCAUGAUUCCUCACCCUUGUAUUUAUUUCCCAACCUAGAACUCGACUCCACUCAUCGGCUUAGUUCUUUUUGUUUUUUUGCUUCCUCCUCUUUCGUCUGCUUAUUUCUGCCUGUGUCAUUAUAUCUGCGGAUGUCAUUAGAUCCGUCUCUUAGGGAUAAAUGACUUUGUAGCAACGUGUGGACUAAAAUACGGACUGGUUAGUCUUUAGAACGAGCCAAUGAAGAAGCACGAGCUCAGACCAUUAAAAGGUUGAUUCUGAACAGAGCUAAUGGGGAGAUUGCACAGUCGGACACAAAGCUAGAGCGCUCAAGACCAGACCGUCCACUUCCCUUGUGUUGGUGACUCCGUACUGUCGUGUUGGAUGCAGCUUAACAAGCAGAAGAAGAGAAAGAAAGGAUUUUCUCGCUCCAGCGGACUAGAUUGUAUUCGGAAUGAUGAAAAAGUGAACCUGUAUAGUUCCAGAAACCAAAGAAACACGCGAGACGGACAGAUACAUUUUGUGGGAGGCUUCAGGAGGAAGUAGGCGUCUGCGUUUCCCACGUGGCGUCGUUGGUCGGGUAAGAAAGCCAGUCUCCCUGUAGGAUGACCAGCCUUUUUCGACGCAGCAGCAGUAAUGGAGGGUCUCGGGGCGGCGGGGGCUCGGCUACAGGUGAGCUCAACAACUCCAGGCCUAAUCGGCAAGUUCGGCGGCUGGAGUUCAACCAGGCCAUGGAGGACUUUAAAACCAUGUUUCCUAGCAUGGACUAUGAGGUGAUCGAGUGCGUUCUGCGCUCCAAUAACGGGGCUGUGGAUGCCACCAUCGACCAACUCCUGCAGAUGAGCAUUGACGGACAAGGCUCAGAUGACAGUUCGGAUUCGGAUGACAGCAUCCCACCGGAGAUUCUUGAGCGGACCCUUGAGCCAGACAGUUCAGAUGAAGAGCCGCCCCCUGUCUACUCACCACCAACAUAUGACAUGCACAUAUAUGACAGGAAAUACCCGGAUGCUCCUCCUGUUCCUCCACCCAGAUUUGAAGCCCAACCUCCCCCAGUGCACAGACAAGUGCAAGGUUACAAAAACUGGAACCCACCGUUGCUUGGCAAUCUGCCUGACGACUUCCUGCGAAUCCUGCCCCAACAGUUGGACAGCAUACAGGGCUCUCAGAGUAGCAUUUCCAAGCCCUCUUCCUCCUCCUCCUCCUCCUCCUCAGUACCACAGGAGGUCCCGCCUGUGGCAGCCGCAACGGGAACAGGCGGCACUUCAGAGCAGGAACGCAAACUCAAGCAAUAUUUAGAAGAUGAGCGUAUUGCACUCUUCCUGCAGAACGAGGAGUUCAUGAAGGAGCUGCAGAGGAACCGAGAGUUCCUCAUUGCGCUGGAAAGAGAUCGAUUGAAAUACGAGUCAAAGAAAUCCAAAUCCAGUCAUUCAUCAGCUAGCAUGGAGAACUCCACAGGUGACCACUAUGCUUCCGGAUCUGUAGAGGCCUGCACAGCAGUCUCAGAUGAUGCUCUGUUUAGAGACAAGCUAAAGCACAUGGGGAAAUCAACCAGGAAGAAGCUGUUCGAAAUUGCCAGAGGGUUCUCAGAGAAGACGAAGCGGAGGAAGUCUAAAAGAAAAACGCUCCUUCGGCAUCAUUCAUUGGGCACAGCCAACUCCACUGCCAACCUCCUAGACGAUGUGGAAGGAAACCCAUGUGAUGAAGAAAGUCAACUUAGACGAUUGGGUGCCCAGGAAGAGGAGGAGCCAAAUAAGGAACCACUAUCAUGAUCCCUCAGUGCUCUUGGGAAAUUAGGGUUUCCAUGGUGACCUCAGAAUGACCCAUGGCUGAUAGCUCCUUAUCUCAGUGUCUCCAGUGCUUAGCUCAGUGCCAGGCAAUCGCAGACUCCAGAGGACCAGCCGAGGCAGGACUGCGUGAUCAUUUUGUAGCAGCCUUUUGCGAGCCUAAGAUUAUUGUUACCUAUAUUUGAUUACUAUUAUAAUUAUUGUAUUGUAACUGUUUGUUAAUAUUUCGGUUUUCGUAUGUAAAACUCAACAACUAUAGUACUGAUUUCCAGCUAUGUAUUUUUUUUUUUUUUUUUUUUUUAUCCUGAAUCAUCUGAAAUGAAAUUUCUUUUGUUUGUUUAAAAAAUAUAUAAUUUUCCUGAAGAAUUGAAUUUCUUUACAGAUAUUUAAUUUGUUUAUUACUGUCCACAGUUUAUGGACAGUCGUUUCAGCACAUUAGUUUAAUACACUUACGUUUAAUAGACUUCCGGAGUCUAAUCUGCACAUUAAUCAUCAAUGGCAUUUCCUCAAAGAAUGUACCCAGAUCGUCACGUCCAUUACUAAGUCAGAAACCUUUCUUCAUUAAGGAAAGAUAACACCGUCAUUCAGGCCAUUUAGUCUGUUGUGAUUUUAGGGUGCUGAAUAGUCCAUUUCCGUAACACUUUUUCAUACAGAUUAAAACCAUUAGUUGAUUCAGAUGAGAUGCCCUUCUUUAUGAUUAAUAUACGCGUUUUAUGUAAUACAUCUUUAAUGCCAAAAUUCGAUUUCAGUCUUCUUUUUUUACACAAAAAGGCAAACUACUGCUCAACCGAAGAGUUUGCCUGCUCCUCCUGUUUGCACUGCCAUUUCUGCUUUAUAAAAUAUUUAAAUACUUUUUUCAAAUGUUUAUUGGUAAAAGUGAUUGAUUGAUUGAGCCAGUAUAGAUGUCACCUGAACAUGUCUGUUAUCUCAGAACGAGCAUAGAACAAUUUGAAUGAUGCUGUCCUGGAACCAACCAAAACGCUGCUGUGUGCUUUGCUUUUCUUCUUUCUUUUUUUUUUUUUUUUGCAAAUCACACGGAAUGAUUUACCCUGUGCUUCCAGUAGGUCACGUGACUCACGAGGUUAGAGUACUUAUUUCGUUCCACCAAUAAGAAUGUGCCAUUUAUAUGUUCCUUUUAGUGUUGUGCAUCCCAGUAUUGAUUCGGUGUAAAGUGGCCCCAUUGGGAAAACACUGCGUGAUGUUUGUUUGUGUUUUAUAUACAUGGGUUAUUUCGGUUUGAAACCAUCUUGUUACAGUAUCACAUGCAGGCUUCCUACAUGUAACUGAUAUAAUCUGUGCUUCUGAAAUGUACCGAUGUGGCUGGAAGAGCUUGCCUGUUUUAUUUAAGGGGCUUUAUGUAUAUGAUGGGGUUUUUUUUUUUUUUUUUUUGCCAGCAUUACAAAUAGGCGUCAUGAAUGACAUUUCCGCCGCAUAAUCAUGUUCUGUAAAUUAUAAUCGCCAUUACGCCAAGCCGUGCGCAUUUGCAUGAUUUCUUUCUUUCCAGAUCUUCGUGGAUGGCGCGAAAAUCAAGUCCGUAAUCCGAUUUUAAAAUGAUGUGAACGGAAAGAACAAAGGUUUUGUAAGAAGCGGACCUUGUUGAGACAGCGUUGUCGUCUGUGAUUCACGGGCACGACCGUGUGAGGUUUCCCCUUCCAUCCCGCUUGUUAACGUAUAUAUUUUAUCCUCUCAGGGAACUUGCUUUCGUUUCACUUUCUGCUAAAAGCACAACUCAAACGGACAAACUUGUUAGCGCGGAAGGUAGCAUCGCCCGUUUACCUGUCGUGAGGUUUAUAUGAAGAGUUCAAGGACUGUGUGGGAGAUCUGCUUCAGUAUGUAGCCGGGUUUCUUCUCUUGAUCACAUGUCCUUGUGCGUUUACGUGAAAUAUCUUCAAGAUCCCCUUUUCCGGAACAAAACCGAAAGAAAGGGCAGAAAUCGCUGGCAGAUAUGUUCAAAGAGCUUCUCAACAAUUAGUGGAAUGUACUAUUUAUACUGUAUUAGAGACGAGCAACUGUACGUGCAAAUUGGCCAUUUUUAUAUGAAAUAUUUGUUUUAGCCAUUACUUCCGUCCCCGUAAUUUCUUCCCGAAAAAUGAAAUUGUCAAACAAGUUGACUCGGUCCAAAAAAAUGCAUUAAUACUUGUCUAAAAUUAAUGUGAUUGUUCCACAUCACAUCAUUCACUUAAGACUAUUUCGAUUUCUGGACUUUUCUUACAAUCCAGAUGUUUAUUAGCUAUUGGAAUAAAUAAUAAAAUUGUUGUACUCUGUG